AUGAAUAUUGUUUUAGCUCUUUAUCUCUUUAUAUUUACAUAUAAAGUAAUUGCACAGCAAAUUUAAUGCGGGUUUAUGUGUUCUUAAUGCGAUCUGCUUGGAAAUUGCCUGCAGUGCUAAUAAGGAUUUCUACUUAACAAAUAAACUGGUCUUUGCUAGUCACAGUGCUCUGAGAAUAGCUACUAUUUGGACUAAAACACUUAAAAAUGUUAACCAUUAUGUAACUAUGGUUAUUAUGAAUCUGAUGACUAUUUUGUCUGCCUUUAAAGCCAAAAAUGUCCAGCUAUCAAAGAAAUAGGAAACAAUCAAAAAUAAAUUAUUUCAGCAACUUUAGUUGCUUAGUAAUUUGUUGUUUUUUGCCUGACAAACAAUACCGUUUCAAAUAUCCAGUCCUAUUUUCUAAGAAUUUACGAUACUAACCUAUAGUUUAAAGGUGAGGUACAGUAGCUAAGCGAUUAUGUUUAGAAGUAUUAUUUUGAUGCAGCAAAUAAUAUAUUCAUUACAGCUUCAUAGACUCAACUCAACUUUUGGGAUGUAUAAAGCUGGAAAAUCCUUAGGACUGAUUUAUUUUCAAAUUAUGCUUUAAGUACUAAAUACGUAGUCUACCUUGACUAAGAUUAUCUUAUCCUUUAAGAUUAAUCUGAAUAGCUUUUUACUAUCUUCACAAUUACGUAGGCCUCUUCAAAUAGUAACUCGCUAUAAAUAAAUUAAUUUUCUUAAACUACACAGUAAGGUCAAAUGCAAAUUUAUAGAGGAAUAAACUCUAUCUUUUUUACUUCUUAUUAAUAACAAGGAUUCUUUUAAAUCUAAAUCAAUAGAUAAAAUAAUACAAUUUCUUAAAUUAAUCAAUAUUGCAAUACUUCUACUAUUAUUAGCAAUAUUGCUCCAGUUCAUGACAAACUUGUUCUAUUUGGUGAUAACAAUACUAAUCUAGGAGUUUGGAGAGGAGACUCUUCUUGCUAAAUUUAAAAUAUCUCAUCCUAGUUUCCACUGCAAACCCUAAAAAUUAUUGACAUAGGAUCUCUCAAUUCUCCACUAUACUUCAUAGCUGCAGGUUUAACUUAAUAUUAUGAAUUGUAAGCUUUGAAUUAAACAUCUGCAAUUAAUAUACUUAAGACUAAUAAUAUGAAUUCUACGUUUUACAUUGACUAUAACUUUCAAUAUCUGUAUAUUAGAAACAAUAUGACUUUUAAUAUAUCAAUUUAUCAGAACAAUUCACUAGUUUAAAUUGCUAAUGGUGCCUCUUCAAGCCCUGAUAGUUAAAAUUUUGUGGCAAUAAACUACUAUAACCAAUAGCUAUAUGAGUUUUACAUUUAUAGUAUGUUUAUUAACCAAGCUAAUUCUUAAUAAAUGCAAGCAUAGAAAGUAUAAACACUGUAAUAAUCAAGUUAAAUAUCUAAUAUUAACUAUUAUUAACUCUUUUCUUCUAACAACGUUAAUUAAAUGGCAAUAGAUCCAAAUUUUGAUGGACAACUAGUAGUUGCUAGUGAUGAUGGCUCAUUAAGAAUUUAUGAGUUAACAAACAUAGAUGAUUUAAGUUACCUUCAUAUAUUAACCUAAUACCAUCCUUCCUGCUUGCAAAAUUAGUAUUUGUAAAGCUGCUUAAUGGCAAAAAAUAUAACUAUUUCUGAUUUAGGGUACUAUUAUGUAAUUUACUAAAGUAGCACUGAUCAGUUUAUUAGUAUAUGGCAAAGAAAUACUUACUCAUUAACUUUUAUUUCUGACUAUAGAUUUGAUAUUAAUAUUUUGAGUACUGUUGUUAAUUAUUUGCUAUAAUAAAAUAUUUUACUUAUUUAGCACUCAAGAUAAUUAAAAAUUUUUGAUAUCAGCAAACAAAGUUUAUUAGUUAAUGAGACAUAUACUUCAUCUUAAACAUUGUAUUAUGUAAGUUAUGAUAACUCACUUUGGGGUAGUCAGAUGAUAAUAUACCUUCUUUCUGAUAGAAUUAUGAUCAGAUAGCUCACAAAUACAACUGCAGCGUAUUAGGUUAUGUACUCUUCAAUAUAUUCAACUUCUACAUAUUACAACUCAUAUUUAAAGGCUCAAUAUUUUAGCUCAACAAAAGUGAUUGCCUUUAACCUUUAUUAUAAUGUUUUAGUCUAUAACUUUACCACUCAAAAAAAUAUUACAAGCUACUAAACUAGCACAAGACCUUUAAAGAGUUUUUGCUAUCAUCCUUCUAAUGGAUAUACUUUGCUAUAGUAUACAGCUUUUAAGGAUGUAAUUCUAAGUAACCAAGUAGGAACCUUUUUAUCUGAUUUUAUAAUUACAGGAUUUAUUACACCUUUUUGCGGAACAACUAAUAAAAACAUAUUUUAUUACUAUGUUAAACCUCUGCUUAAUACAGCUCAGAAUACUGUUUAUGUAAUGACUUUACCCAAUUAUGAAUUGAACCAUGUUGUCGCCUUUAAUUAAACAAUCACAUUUAUUUAAGUCGAUGAAAGUAAACUAAUACUUUAUGUAGGAUUUUCAAAUGGAGAUAUCUAUGCGAGUCAGAUUAUUCUUAAUUUUAGAAUUAAUUUAGGAAAUUAUACAAAUGCACAAUAAUUUUUUUAUUCUUAAUCUAAAAAUUAUUUUAUCAUAUUCUAAGGAGUUAAUUUAAUGGUAGUUGAUUCAAGAAGUCUAAUUCUACUUAAAUAAUUCUCAACUCCUAAUCAAAAGCCCUUCACUGCUCAAUUCAAUGAAUAACUAGAAAUAGUCGUUUUAUUUUCAAAUAAUACUAUAAUUUAAUGGAGAAUCAAUUCAGGUCAAUUAGAUUAAUAUCCUAUUCAACACAAAUCCCCUAUCCUUACUUGCCAAAUAGAUGCUAUAAACGGUAUUUUAGUAAGUUAAUCUACAGACUUUUAAAUAAUUGUUUGGAAUAUUUAAAAUUUUGCAUAAAUCUACAAUAUUUCAUACCAUAUUUAAGACCUCAAAAGCAUUCCGAAUUAGUAAUCUUAGUAGGCUUUACAAUUUUAAGUUAGUUAAUUACUUUUACUGUAAGAUAUUCAUUAUCUUAUAUCUUCAAAUACUUUAAAUAAAAUAUACAUUCAUGAUUUAGUUAAUAAUGUUUAUUUUUUCAUCCAAAUUCCUUAGACUAUAAUUUUGUACUAAAUAAAUUAUGACUUUUAGUACUAGUAUAUGUACAUUAUAAUGGCAUCUAAUGAAGCCUUCACCGACAUAUAUUAAUGGCAGAAUACAACAACUAUAAACAAAGCUUUUUAGUAUAAAUCAAGAGUGAUAGGCUCGUAAGAUAUAGUUAAGUUAACAACAAAAUUUUCAUAUGAAUGGUCAUUUAUUUAUGAGUUAAGAACCUUGACAGUACUGAGUAGAAAUCAACUAAACAUUUUAUAUGUAAUAAACACUUUUAAUCCAUUAAUUACUGACCUUCUUGUUGCUUACAACUUAAGACAAUUAAUAUUUUGGAGUGAUUGUUCUGCUGGAUAAUGUAGUCCUAAAAUUCCUAUAUUUUCAAUUGAUACAGGUUUAUAGUUAAGUGAGGUCCCUUAUUAAGAUAAAAAUUAAUAAGGUAUGGUUAUCAGAGCUAUGAUAGACUAAGAUACAAAUAAUUUAAUAAUAUUCAAAGAUUAAAAUCCAAGAAUUAUUAUUAUUUAUGAUUUGUUAAAUAAUUAGUUAUCUGGAUUAUUUAACAAUAUUCAAAACGCAUUUAAUUACCCUCUCACUAAUUAAAUACUAAUAAAAGAAACAGCAAAUUUAAUAAUAUAUAGCAAUUCAACAAUUACUUCUAUGUAAAUUGAAGCUAUGCUAAAUCCUCAGCAAUAGUUUAAGUCAAUACUUCCAAACAGAGUUAGCAAAUUAAAAUUAUUUCAAAAUAAUUCUCUUUACUUUUUUGAUAGUAAAAGCCAAAGCUGGAUGUUAAAUAGUAAUUCAAGCCAAAUAACAAAUAUUAUAAGCACUAAUCCAAAGAGUUUAAAUUUAACCAUAAAAUACUUCUUUAUCACAGAUAAUUAUUUCUAUGUUAUUUAUUAGAAUUAAAUAGUUUAAAUUAAUUCAAGCUUUUAGAUUGUAUUUAGCCAACUCUAUGAAGUUGAUAAAGCUAUCUUCCUUCCAAGUUCAUUAAUAGCUAUAAGUUACUCUGGAAAUUUAAUCUAAUACAAUCUUACUAACUUAAGUCAGAUAGGUACAAUAGUAGCAAUUUAAGAAAGAGCUAAAUUUAUAAUCUAAAUUCCAGAUAUCCAAUAAAUAAUAAUACAAACUUAUUAAAAUAAUCUUUACAGAUUUAAUUACACUUCGUAGGUCCUCUAAAAAUGGUUUUCACCUUCUGGUGAUACUUUAUAUAAAAUUUAUUUUGAUAGUUCUAAUAACAUUCUUUUCAUCACUAUGAUGAGCGGAAGUUGUUACAUAUUUGAUAAAAAUAGCAUUUUACUAAGUGGUCCUUCUAAUAUCACUCAAAAUGCUAUUUAGUUACCCUAGCUGAAUACAUAAAUUUUUAAGAUUAAUAUAGAGCCAAUAUCAGGAAUGUUUUCUUCUUUUGUGAUCCCUCCCAACAAUAUUCCAAUAAUAAAUUUCUACACAUAUAAUUUUACUAACACGACAGUGAAAUAAUUACAAAGUGUAACUUUUAUUGGUUAGAUUCCUAGUUUUUCGAGAUCAUCUGCAUUGAAAAUUUCAUUUAUUUCUUAAUAAAUUUUCAUUUUUUCACCUUAUCAAAUAAUGGUCUAUAAUUUCAGUCUUUCAUUAAACUAUACAUUUAGAAAUUCAGUAUAAUUUAAGACUUUAAGGAAAAUAAUUGUUGCAAAUUCACCCAUACCAAACACUUCUUUAUUCUUUUUCCAAUAAGAAAACAUAAUCUCACUGUUUUCAUAUUCAUAAUAGAAAUUAACAAAUAUUUAUUAACACUCCUGCAUAGCACCUAAUUUACUUAAUUACACUAUAGUUAAUUCAACAAAUAAUUAUCAGAUUAACAUAUUAGUCCUUUGCGAUGAUAAAAUUGUUAAAGACUUCAUUUAUUUGUAAAGUUUAUCUCAAUAACUAAGUCAAAUAAAUUCUUGUUUCAUAGAAUCGACUUCAACCUACUAGUAUCAAUUUUUGUAAAUGCUCUAAGAUUUAAAUUUCAGUUUUAAUCAAGAGAAAGCAAACCCUUCAGAAAUAAGAAUUGAAUAAUUAACAUAGACUGAUUUCAGUAGCAUAAAUAUGAAUAGGAAAAUAACUUUUGCUUAUAGGAGCUAGAAUAUAAAUACUGUUAAUACCCUCCUGCUUAAAGAAAAUAGUUACAAGGACUAUAGUUAUUCUAGUUUGAGGGUUCAAAGCUUUACAUUUGAUAUGAGUUAAUUAACAUAAAUAGUUUAGUUUAAUCCAAUAAUAUAAGAAGUAGUUUUCGAUUAAAUUGUUUUAGAUUAUUCUAAUCUUAAUCAAAACUCUUAAAAUCCAUUUUCUCAAAUUUUGUUCAAUAAUAUGGAUACUGUUAUUUUAAAUAAUCUAUCUUUAAGCAAUUUUGAUCUUCAGAGAUAAACUCCUUUAUUGGCGUUUUAAAAUGUUUAGAAGGUAAUUAUCACAAAUUUAAUUUUUUAAAACUUAACUCUGGAAUGCUCUGACCCAACCUUUUUUUACUUUUACAAUGUUUAAUCUCUCAUCAUUUAGAAUGUUUCUUUUUCAAAUGUUAGCAUAACUAACUCUGAACAAACCUAAUUGAUACUCUUAGAAUUUGUUCCUAACUUUUAGAUAUAAGAUAGCUAUUUCUAAAAUAUAAACUCUACUUAAUAAACAUAUCUAUUAUAAUUUGAAGGAGUAAAAACUAGUUCUUUAAAUAACAUUACACUCUAUAAUAGCUCUUAGAUGUCAUUAUUAUAAUCAUUUAACUUUUACUAAAUUCUAGGAGUUAAAGUUUUAGUUGAAGAAAACACUGUAAAUUUAGAAGAAGUUAAAGCUAAUAAUAUCAAUCAGAUCAGUAGUAGCUUAAUAAAUCUAAACUAAACAUAUUAGAUUUCGAUUUAGAACUCUACAUUUUAAUAAAUAAGUUGCAACUAAUGUACUGGAGGUGUCAUGUUGAUUUACUAAGGUAGUAACCAUAUAAUUAACAAUGUACAAUAUUUAUAUAAUACUGCUCAGAAAGGAGGUGCUUUAUCAAUUUUAGAAUGCCCAAGUUCAAGUAUAUUGAUCAAGCAAUCUAAAUUUUUAAACAAUAAUGCUGGAGUGUAUGGUGGAGCAAUUUAUCUUUAAAAUUCUAAUGUUCAAAUAGAGUCAACCCUUAUUUAAUAAAAUUAAGCUGUUAUAGGUGGAGGAAUAAAAUACACUUCUAUUAAGCCAAUAAUAGACAAUUAAAAGAGGAUUUUAUAAUGUGAUUUAAUAGAUUACUAAGGUUAACUGAAUGAAAAGUAAAGCAGAUUACUUUAGAAUUCAUAGAAUGUUAUAUCAAAAAACAAAGCUCAAAUUUUUGGAAAUAAUAUUGGCUCUUACCUACAAAAUAUAACAAUAUUAUACCCUAAUUUAUAAUAUUUUAAUUUAUCAUCUCUUAGCAGCAAAUUUAAUCCUGAAGAUGUCUCAUAGUAAUUUGUCAUGUCAUCUUAUUAAAUAGGAAACCAUAGAAGUGGUUAAAGUAUAGAUUUAGAAUUAUAAAUUUUAGAUGAAGAAAAUAAUCCAAUAACUUUUGAUCCUAGAGCAGUAACAAAGUAAUCCUAUGAUCCAGAAGUUGUAGAUAUGUUGAAAAAUAUUCAACUAAAAAUCGAGCCUUUAUAUGAUGAUUAAUUAAAAGUGUUUGGUAAAUACACAGCUGACUACACGGAUUUCUCUUCAUUAAGUAAUUCUUUUAAAAUACCUGGUAUGACUAUUGUAACUAAUCCUCAGACAUCUAAUAUUGUGAAAAUAGCUUCAAGCUCGAUAACUUUAUUUAAUUAGACAUCCAGGACUAUUGAUUAAGCAAAUUCAAAUAGACUUUAUAGUUUAAUUUAUGUUUCUACUCGAGCUUGCCUUGCUGGGGAAGUGUACUAAAUUGUUGAUAAUGUUUAUUAAUGUUAUGUUUGCUAAAGGGGUACUUAUUUUUUAAGAACUCCAACACAGAGUGAUAGUGUAUGCUUAAAAUGUCCUAGUAAUGCUCGAGAGUGUGAAAAAGAUAUUAUAUAGCUAAAUGAAGGUCAUUGGAGAAUAAAUAAUCAAACAGAUACUAUUAUUAGUUGUUAAAGAAAUCCAAAUAACUGUAUUCCUCAUGAAGACAAAAAUUAUUGCAUUUAAGGACAUUAUGGCCCUCUUUGUGAGUAAUGUGAUGUAUAUGGAAAUGUAUGGGGAGAACCAUAUAUUACUGAUGGAAAUUAUAACUGCUACCCUUGCUCUGAUUUAAAACACAAACCAUAUUACACAUUUUUAUUCAUAAAUUUAUGCCUUAUGGUUGUAUUUAUUCUAAUAAGCUUACUAUCUCUCCUUCACUUUAGUAGAUGCAUUGCCACAAGUUACUAUCUUAGGAAAUUACAAUUAGUUAGUGUAAGUAAAUCAGCUUUUUGGAAUCAAUAGUCCUUCGGUUUAAAAACUUUAGUUAACUUUUUGUAAGUGACUGGAGUUAUAUAUGCUUAAUUAGAAUUUUCUUUCCCAUACGGUACAAGAAUUUUAUCUAGCACAAUUGGAAUGCCUUCAACAAAUUUAUUUUACUCUUUAGAUUGCAUUUUCCAUAGUGUUAAGGAGAUAUCUAUUAUUUACUUAAGAACUCUAUGGUCUUUAACUAUCCCAAUUAUUUAUCUCAUAUUCAUAUACUUAAUAAUUAUUUCUUAUGGAGUAUAUAGGCGCAGAUCUGUUCAAGUCUUGCUCAUUUACGGUGCAUCUUAUUUAUUCUUUUUUACAUAAAAUAGCAUAAUCUUUCUCUUAUUAAGUAUGAUGUCUUGUAGGGAAAUUGAUGGCCAAUUUUAUAUAAUCAGUGACAUUACUUAUAAAUGUUUUACCCCUACUCACUUAAAAUUUAUGAAAUAUAUUGGUAUUCCAGGGCUUAUUGGUUGGAUAUUUGUCAUUCCUUUAUAUAUUUUCCAUAAAAUUUACAAAAAGAAAUAAGAUUUAGAUUAAGUUAGCUUUAGAGAAAAAUAUGGGCAUCUUUAUAAUGAGUAUAAACCUAAAUUCUAUUUUUGGGAUUUCGUAAAAAGCUAUAAAAGACUUCUCGUCACUGCUGUAUUAACUUUGUAUGUAAAUCCUUUAGAUAACAAACUUAUCUUUGGUUUUUUGGUGCAGAUUGCCUAUAUUUAAUUACUUUCAAGAAUCAAGCCUCAUUUUAAUGUUUAACUUUAUAAAGUUGAACUAUUUACAGAAUUAAUGAUAGCCGCGUUGAUGUUUGCAGGUAUUAUUGUCAACUAAUCUGCAUAACCUAACGAAUCUUAUGUUUUUUAUGCAGUUGUGAUUGUUAAUAGUUGCGCAUAAUCUUUUAUUAUUCUUUGGAUAAUAAAAUAAUUUUUGAAAGGGUAUUUCUAUAAAUUAUAUUAUAACUUGAAAAAGUGCCUGCUAACAGUUUUCCCUUUCCUAAUUAAAUAUUCUAGUAAAAAUACUUUUAAUAGUUCAAUAAGACACCUUUUAGUUUGGAAAAAAGCAAGACAAUAAUUGCUUGGAGGUAAUCUUGUAGAAUUUUUAAAUGAGUAAGAAAUUAGAAAGUAAGAAAGCAAAAUGAAUCAAUCAAGCUAAAAUAUGAUUUUAUCUUAGCGCACUUUAAAUGCUCCUUAGUUGAAUUAAUUAAAUACUAAUUAAGCAAAAUUAAAAGACAUUAAUUUACUCAAAAGUUACAAAUAGCAACAUUUUGAAAAGUAAUUCCCAAACCAAAAUAUGAAUUUCUAGCUUUUAAAAUUAGAGAAUACUAUAAGAUCAUAAGUAGAAACAUAAAGAAAUAUUGACGAAGGAUCAUGUAAUCUCUUAAUGUCAUCUUAGAUAAAAUAAAUGUCACAUCAAGAAAAAAUUUCUCAAAAGAGAUUAUCAAAAUCAAACAGAUUUAAUGAAAGUGAAAGAUUUAAGCUUCAUCUUUAUGCAAGUAAAACUAAUGCUUAAGGUUUUUAAACUUCAGAAAUUUAAGAUAGCAAUGAUAAUUGCUAGAGUAUUCAAUCACCUGUGGAGUUGAAUGAUAAUAAGUUUAAUAAUAUUUUUUCUAAAAACUAAAGAUACUCUGCUCUAUAAAAUAAGAGUAUAUUAGAAUAAUCUGACUCUUUACAAAUGACAUCUAGUGCUGAAAGCAAAAUUGAUCCCCGCGCUAUUUAAGGAAAAGCUUAAUUUGAUGAAGAAGAAAAGUGUAGCUAGAACUAUAAUCAGAAUGGAAAUCAAGGUGAUGUAAAUGAGUUUAUAUAAUAAAGUUAGGCUAUAUCCAAAUAGUAACAUGUACCUAUUAAUAUUGAAGAAGAAGAAAAUUAAGCAUAAACUAAUAAGCCAGAUUAAUAGACAGAAGAAUACUCUCUAUUAAAUUUAGAUCGUGUUCAUAGUAUGAAUUAUUCAAAAUAUGAAUAAACUGAAUAGGACUAAGUUAAAGAAUAAGAUAUUAAUUAAAGAGAAAGAGUUUAAUAAAUAAGAGUAUUAGCAAAUGAUUACAUUGACACUAUUGAAUCAACUGAAGAUUACAAAGUUUCAAAUGUGAGAGUACCUUCCAAGAAUUGUGAUGAUGAAGUACAUUCUAUCUAAGAUAGUCAACUUUAAAACACAAAAAUACCUGCAAAGGAUUAUGAAGAAGAGGUACAAUCUAUGUAAGAUUGUGGAGUUUAAAACAUAAGAAUACCUGCAAAAGAUUAUGAAGAUGAGGUACAUUCUAUGUAAGAUUGUGGACUUUAAAACACAAGAGUACCUGCAAACAAUAACUCUGAUGAAGUAGAUUCUAUAGAAGAAAGCCAAAUUAUAUAAACUAAAGUACCGCCAAAUGAAUGUAAUGAUGAAGUAGAUUCAAUAUAAGAUUCUAAAAUUUAGUAAGUCAAAAUACCAGCAAAUGAAGGUAUAGAUGAUGUAGAUUCUAUAUAAGAAUGA